AUGGAGAGUAAAACAACAUCUAAAGAGAAAGGUGGUGCUCAGAAAAUGAGAGAAAAACGGUCCAAAGAACUUGAGUUAGCAGGAAGGGAUCCUAAGCAAAUGAAACUAUCUUUUUCGGUGGUAUGUUAAAAGUUCAAAAGUUAAGGCUAGUUCUAACAUUUUAUGUCACAGAAAUGUAUAUUCACUCUUUUGAUAACAAGAAUGAAUAUAUCUACCGUAUAUACUCAUCUAUAAGUUGAUCUCGUCUAUAAGUCGAGAGCAGUUUUUUGACCAACAAUUGUAAAAUUACUCGUGGAUAAGUCGAGGGUAAAACUUGGGGCUAUGAAAUCCUGGGAUUUUUAUUAUUUUGUCAGAUAUUACCUAGGCAAAGAUCCUGGAACAAUCAAACUGUUAUGGUAACUACUCCUCUGCAUCUCAGUGCACACGCUCAGCUCCAAAGGCACAUUCGGUUAUCUCGCCAGCUAGUGGUCUUGCUUGUGGCUCAUUACAGCCACCGCUGCAACAGUGACGUGGAAAGCGUACAGAUAGGUGGCAGUAAUCAGCAAUCGCUGCACUGUAUUCUAAAUCAGCCUGCUGUUGUCCGUGUGUGUACCCGGUAUCUGGGUCAACGUACAGCUAAGUACUCUAGCACUACCUGUAACUCGAUAUUGCCCCGCAUUCAAUGUGAACUAAAUUCUAUCGAAACUAGCAUGGACCCGUGGAUCUGCGUUUUAAAAUGAAGCUUACAACUAAAAUUUCUCGAGUAUAUACGGUAGUCUGUUUGCAUGUGCAUGAAGAAGUUUUACGUUUGUUAAGAUUCAUGAUGGAUUAUCAAGGAGUGUGCAUACUUGACUUUCCAUAGUGAUCAGUUUUACUUUGUUAAGAUAUAUUUUUACUUAUUUGAAAUCUCAUAAAAUCUUACAUGUAAGGUAAGUAUGAGUUGUAUAUCCUUUGUUUGCAUGAGGUUUUUUAUUUUUUAUUUUUUUUAUUGUUACCAUGCAUGGAGUUCCUGGAGUUUCUUGGUUACCUCUAGAACUUUUCUGGGGAGAUUAAAAUAGUUUGACAAAAAAAAAAUGUUGUUUUAGGCUGGUGGUAUACACCCAAGAAUUCCUGUUGAUGAGGUUUCUGCCGGCCCAAGUGCUCCUUCAAGCAGGCCGGUUGUGUCCGUCGAAGAUGAGGUGAGCCCACAAGCAGAAGAACAGGUGAUUGAGGAGGAGCUGGUGUCAGAACGCAGAGAGCAAGCGCAGAUAAAUGACCCAGAUGUUUUUGAAGACCUUCCUGAAUUAGAAUGUAUCACAUCUGAAGACAUGUCAGGAAGCGUUAUAAAUGAUCCAUCAGAAAUAUCUUUUAGUCUUCCUCCUGCAUGCUCCAUAGCAGAAAAAAUUAAUUUUGUUGAAAAACACCCUUUUCAGCCAACCAGGACUGAAUGCGCAGAUCUUCCUUUUCAAGAAGCAGACUUUUAUUACCGCAAAAAGUCUAAUGGGGAUCGUAUUAAGCGUACAUGGCUGAGUUGCAAGAUAAAGGAUCGAAAGUUAGAAGCAUUUUUUUGCAGCAUAUGCAUUGCCUUUUCUAAUUCCUCUUCCUCGUUCACUAGUGGUUGUUCUAAUUUUCGCCAUUGCUAUCAGGCAGCAAAUAAGCACGAAUCUUCAAAAAGUCAUUCUGAUGCUGUUAGUGCUUAUUUUACCAUGAAAACGAAUAGAAGCAUUGACACGUUAUUAAAUCAGGCUCAAGUCUCCAGAAGAAAGAAGGAGAUACUACAAAAUAUUGAGGUAUUAAACCGUAUAUUUAAUAUUGUAAAACUCCUCGGAAAACAGGGAUUGCCAUUUCGUGCCCAUGGCACUAAUGAAUCGCUGUACAAUUUAAAUAACAUUGAAAUAAACCACGGGAACUUUCUGGAAAUUGUCCUACUUCUAUCACAGUAUGAUAUUCCUCUUAAAAAUCACCUUGAUAAAUGUGUUCAGGACAGUGAAAAAAGAAAACAGCAAUUGAAAGACAGAAAAACAUCAGGAAAACAUUCAACUGGACGUGGAUCUCUUGUGACAUUUUUGUCCAAUAAUACAAUAAAGAAAGUAUUUGCAGCAAUAGUUCAAAGCAUGAAAAACUUAAUUGUGUCUGAAAUCGGAGAGAAAGGAUUCAGUGUACAGGUUGACUCCACACAAGAUGUUGGAAUUGUAGAUCAAGCAACAGUAGUUGUGAGAUAUGUGCAAGAUGAAGCCAUUAAAGAACGGCUUGUGGCGAUUCUCCCUGUUAAAGACGCUACAGGAAAAGGAUUUCACGAACUUCUAAUGUCCUGUUUUGAUAUGCUUGGAUUAGAUUUCCAAAGAAUUGCUGGUGAAUCAUUUGAUGGUGCAGCAAAUAUGAGGAGUGCGUAUGUGGGACUACGUGCACAGAUUGCAAAGGUAGUGCCAGAUGCGGUUUAUAUUUGGUGCUAUAGUCAUAUCCUUAACCUGUGUGUCUCAGAUUGCUGUCAAGUAUUGGAAGCCAAAAUUUUUUUGGUCUCCUAAAUCGCUUGGCAACCUUUAUUGGAGACUCACACAAAAGAAUGAAUAUCUGGAAAGACCAACUGGAUAGAAGACAUGGACAGGAAAAACUUUUAAAGUUACAAAAAAUUGGAGAGACAAGAUGGUGGGCAAAAGAAAAAGCCCUUAACUGGAUUUUUGGUGAAAAACAUUCUCUUUAUUUUGACACCCUUGAAGUUUUAUAUGUAAUUUCCCAGAGUAACUUGUUUGAAUCAAAAACCACUUCUGAGGCCUCAUCCCUUUUUCACAAUCUUUGUCAGUUUAGGAUUAUCCUAACAGCAAACAUAUUUUUACAGGUUUUUGAUGUUAUAGGGCCAGUGUCAAAGUAUCUACAAACCAGUGGCCUUGACUUCAAGGUAGCAUGGCAAAUGGUCGAACGUGCAGUGGAGCAACUGAAGAAAAUUGAUUUCAACAAUCUAAAACAAAAGGCUGAACACUUUGCAAUAAAAACAAACGAGUUAAUGGAUGAAAGUGAUGUUCUCAACUCCUUGGAAGUCGAGACUAUGCUUCCAGUUCGAAGAGUGGCACGAAAGAAACGCUUGGCUGGAGAAUCUUCACAUGAUGAACGGCCUGAAGAUGAAAUGCAAUGUUUUCGAGCUAGUGUGUUCAGACCAAUUCUGGACCAAAUCAUACAAAGCAUGACGGAGAGAUUUUCAGAAAAUAAGCAAUUGGUCAUGGAUUCCCACUACUUGGAUCCUCGCACUUUUCAGAAAAUUAGGACAGAUCCCAAAGUGCUAGAUGGAGGGGCACUAGAGAGAAUUUCUAAGUUAGCCAAAGUAAAUGAAUGCUCUCUCAAAACUGAAUUAAUAAGUUUUGCCAACUUAUUUCCAAGUCUUACAGGAUGUCUUUCUGAAGAUGAGACACAGAAAGUGGAAAUAAUUAUUGAGGAGGAGGAGGAGGAAGAGGAGGAGGAGAUUGACUGGAUUCCACCUACUGACAAACUAGUUGAGGUACAAAAGGAAUCAAAGUGCGGUUCUUGCAAGCAGUGCUUUCUUUGCUGCCACAGGUUGUUGAUAAAAUACAACCUUUAUUCUGCAGCUUAUGAAAAUCUUUCUAUCACCUAUGAGUACCUGUUGA